UUUCUUUGAUCGACUGAAGGAUACCACGUCAUUUGUUCUAGGAAUCGCCAUUUCCUAAUUCUCAGUCAGUCCUCGCUUCCGGCUUCCCUCCCAACCCCAACUCGCACGCCAAGAAUUCUAGAAUCUCUCUCCUCUCCUCUCCUCUCCUCUCUUUAAGAGGGGAUACAGAGUAGGGAAGAGAGAGAGAGGGCAGAGAGCGAUGAACGCGGCGGCGGCGGCGGCGCGGAAGGCCGCGGGCGGCGGCAUGGCGCGCGCGCCGGCGCUGGUGCUAGCGCUGGUGGCGGCGGGGGCGUUCCUGAUCUCCUACAACUUCUUCGCCAUGCUGUUUCGCGGCGGCGGCGGCGGAAUAGGCGGCGCGGCGGCGUCCUCGGGGACGAGGGACCCUGUGGUGGCCAUGCCGGCGUGGAUGCGCGAGGCGGCGGACACCGAGGCGCGGCGGCGGCCGUUCCAUGUGGCGCUCACGGCCACGGACGCGCCCUACAGCCGGUGGCAGUGCCGAGUCAUGUACUUCUGGUACAAGCGGAUGCAGGCGCGGCCGGGCGGGGAGGCCAUGGGCGGCUUCACGCGCGUGCUGCACUCGGGAAAGCCCGACGGGCUCAUGGACGAGAUCCCCACCUUCGUCGUCGACCCGCUGCCCGCUGGCAAGGACCAUGGAUACGUGGUCUUGAAUAGACCGUGGGCAUUUGUGCAGUGGCUUCAGAAAGCAAAGAUUGAAGAAGAGUAUAUACUAAUGGCAGAACCAGAUCAUAUAUUUGUGAAACCUUUACCAAAUUUGGCCCAUGACGAUGAUCCAGCAGCAUUUCCCUUCUUUUACAUUACACCAUCAGAACAUGAACAAAUUAUCCGGAAAUACUAUGCCAAAGAAAGAGGUCCUGUCACAGAUAUUGAUCCUAUUGGAAAUUCUCCUGUAAUCAUUAAGAAGACACUUCUUGAGAAGAUUGCCCCCACAUGGAUGAAUGUGUCAAUUCAAAUGAAAGAGGAUGAAGAGACAGAUAAAAUUUUUGGAUGGGUGCUGGAAAUGUAUGCAUACGCUGUUGCUAGCGCAUUGCAUGGGGUUCAGCAUAUCCUUCGUAAAGAUUUCAUGAUCCAGCCACCCUUUGAUACAAAGCUCGGGAAUACAUUUAUAAUCCACUUCACUUAUGGAUGUGACUAUUCACUAAAGGGUGAACUGACCUAUGGGAAAGUUGGUGAAUGGCGAUUUGACAAAAGAUCAUUCCCAGAUGGGCCACCACCAAGAAAUUUUACAUUGCCCCCUCCUGGAGUCCCAGAAAGUGUGGUUACUCUAGUAAAAAUGGUCAAUGAAGCUAGUGCAAACCUACCUCGGUGGGAUGAUGGAAUAUAAACUUUGGCUGAUGUCAAUUAUACCUUAGGUUCCUUUGAUUUGCCCCUUGUAUAUGGGGAAUAUCAAAGUAUCAGGUGCAGUCGGCUGUUUGGUUUAUGCCCAAAAUAGCUGCUUGCACUCGCACACCAUACCUGAUAGAAGACGAUACAGAAUUAUCUCAUUGUACUUUUUAGAAAAAGAAAAGUAAGUUGGCACCCACAGUUUUCCAUUUAAUUAUCUUGUAACUGUUGCUCACCGCUGAAAAUCUCAAUACAAGUUUUUUUAUCCUAAUAAAGUUUAAGUCAUUUUAACCUUCUCA